AUGCCUCAUGGCUACAACUUAAAACCGAACUUUAAGAUCGGGGGAAGAGAUCUGACGGAAUCUGAGAUCCACCUUCGUCCGGCGGGUCAAGCGGAUCCAGUGGGUCUCGAGGAUUUGAAGGAUUCGCCGGUGAAGACAGAGAGAAUGGAGCAAGCGACGAAGAGACCCUCACCGGAUCUGAUGAGAGGAGUCCUUCACGACGACGAAAAGGCAUCAACGAAACCAUGGAGCAGCUCGUCGGGAAACGGAGGCGACAAGGGAGGAGAGCCGUAUUCUGACCAGCCUCUGCGGCGACCAGACAGAACGGCGGCUUCCGGGGAGGUAAGGUUAGGUCGGAGGCUCAUCUGCGGCGGUUGA